AAAAUUAAUUCAUUAUUUAAAUCGAUGCCGGACAGAUCAUUGGUAGAGAUAAGGGUAACAUUCGCUACUGACGUUUCAUUCACACAGGAUACCUAGUAUAUUUAACAAUGGGUUAAUGUAGAGAAAUGGAUUAUGAUAUUUAGCCUUAUAUAGUUCAAACAGUUUAAUCUAAACAAAAUCUGUAUUUGUCCUAUAUGAAUUACAGGAGUACAUGGAAACAUUUAAUAAGGAUCACCGACAAAUCAACGUAUUUUUGAUAGUUCAAUAUCUAUUAAACCAAAGGAAGCAUUAGUAAAAUGAUCAAAUGUCUAGGCAGGUCUCCCAAGAGGCCGUACAUCUGUGUGAUUUCUGUUAUAAUUCUAAUAAUUGUCAUGAAACUUUUUCGUGAUUGGAUAUAUAAGCCAGCAAGUUUUCACUACAAUAUCAGAUCCUACAAACAGAUGAAGUUGUCUUUUAUAUUGAUGACCCGUAACGACAAUUAUAGGGGGACAACGAUGGAGCGUCUGGCCACAACCCUGCGCGAGGUCUGCACAGGCAUGGAACGGAAUGGCCUCAGCGACGUCUCCGAAGUGGUAAUAACAGAUUGGAACUCGAAAUCCCCGGUGUAUCAAAUAGACUGGUUACAACCGGUGUAUUACCAUCACCCGAGUUGCAAAAUAUAUUGGGUGAAAGUCUCCCCUGAGAUAGCAGCAAAACAAGCAGAAUCGCCCCUCUCUGAGGUACACGCUCUUAACGUAGCAGCGAGGUUUGCACAUGGAGAAAUGAUACUCAGAAUAGAUCAAGAUACACUCGUAGGACCAGCAUUCUUUCAUUGGUUGAAGAUUCAACGACAACAAGGCUGGCCUGAGAUCAACAAAGUCUGGUGGAGUGGGAGACGAGACACUGAGAGAUUCGACUACGAGAAAAUCGUCAAAGAUCCCUAUCGGUUCCUUGAGCAGUACGGGAAAGCCAUCCCCUAUUGGUUUGAUAAUUGGUUUCCCUACAGGGCGACUAAAGAUUACUUCGGGGCUGCAAUAGGAGUAUUUGCCAUCCCCAAGGACGCUUGGAUGUGCUCCGGAGGGUAUAAUGAAGGGAUGAUCUAUUUUGCUUAUGUCGAAUGGGGAUUCUUCUGUCGUUUGCACAAAUAUGGCGUGCCCUUUAUCAAUACUAACUACUGGGGCGUUUCGGUCCAUAGUCCAUUCUAUCAUAUAUGGCAUCCUAGGAAUGAUAACAAAAGGUUCAAUCCAAGAUUCAUGUCAUAUAAAAAUGAAAGAAACUGGGGGCUACUAGAUGAAAAUCUCCCCGUAGUUGGUUGCUAUGGAGGAACAUGCAAUGAUAUAGGGACGUGGGAUAAAGUUGGUUCCAGAUUUAUACCUUACAAACUGAAUGGCUAUAGUUGUUUCCAUAACAAGACACAUGUAUUUAAAGGAGCACCUGAGUGUAACAAGGAAAAACUUCCAUUUGUAAAUAGAUUCAUAGUAAUCUAAAAUCUCAUUAAACGCCCGUCUGCAUCAGAUGGUCUGCAUUGUAAAAUACCCCCCCCCCCCAUCUAUCUUACUAGUACUCUUGGAGAUAUGUUGACAUUUUGUAAUCUCUCUCAAAUGUGGCAAACUUACAUUUGAAAAUAUACUUAAUGUUGAAAUUGAAUAAAGUUUCUGUCACAUUAGCUCUACGGUGGCCGUAUAGUGGCCGUAGCUUCACAAAACAUUUUUGGUGAAUUCACAUCGUACUGCUUAUCCCUAUAUU